UCUGUCCAUCCCACGUCCUGUGCUGUGUGUUCUUUGUAAUUACGUGACAUUAACUUACAUGUAGUACGGCACAGGCCGGGAAAUCUGGAUAUCUGUCUACAUUACCAGAAGGAAAAGAAGUGACCCUAGAGCGGAUUUACAAAGGAUGUGGCAGAACAUUUAACAAGUACCGAAUUUUAAAAGAACCAAAAAAACCUACAAUAAACUAGAUAACCUACUUCAGACACGCCGUAGUAGCUACGGUCUUUUUGAAAUCACUGAGUUUUAGCUCUGCAUCUUUUGUACCGUUAACAUCCGUGUGAUGAGUAGGACAAGGAAUAAGGAAGACUGAUGUAGACAUAUAAAAACAUGAUGUUUUACCGAGGUUCGUUUUGCACGCGCCUUCGAUGCACGUGUUCUUUUUGCGUAAUUCCGACACGUGCACACGCACGCACACUCGGCCACCCACUUGUGCGACAUGUUUUCAGGAAAUGAAUAUACAGUCAAGUGCAGAAACAAUGGCACAACCAGAAAGCUGUGUGUGUUCUUCGCGGCAGAUGUAAUUUGUCGUUUUCACACUUCAAAGUACUGGACUGGGUGUGAAGAGCGUACAUUUUAAUGAUAGGUGGAUGCACAGUAGUAGUACAGUAAUGCUAUACCGCAUGUUCACAGAAGAUAACAUCGGCAGUAAUUAACGAAUACAAAGGGCCAUGUUCAACCCAUAUGGCUUAGUUUGAGCCGCUGCUGCUUAUCAUUUGUGCAACAUUCCUGAUUAAGCUAGCCUAAGCUUUUUCUACAUUAAAAGAUGCCACCGUUCUUAUUUGCUUCAGUAGAGUUUAAAUUAAAGUAACAUGCCAAAGGUAAUCCAUCAUGGUUAACAUAUCUUCUUUUAUUUCUGACAGUUAAAGAACCAGCAGCUGGUUAGCUUAGCAUAUAUAGCCGACUGAAUAUGGGCUUUGCUCUGUCAAAAAAGUUGUCAUCCAACACCAUAUUUGGUCUAGUAAAUAACAUGUUAACAUUUUUUUCUAAUAUCCUGCAAAACCAAUGAUUUUAGGAAAAAAAGUAUACAAUUGUCAAGUUAACAUCACAUGUAGCAAUUUACUAGAGAAACCUCACAAUGUAAAAGCAAACCCAGAACUGUCAUAACAGAUUUUAGUAAGAUUUUCCCAAGUUUUCAUCUAUGUUCUCCCCUGCGUCAUUUUAUGCUACAUAACCUAUGAGUCAGUCCCUGCUCCCUGUGUUUACACUUUGUGUCACAUUCCAUGUUGCAGAAUUCAUAAUGUUCAUGUGACUGCUAACAUGCUGUGUGAACUCAGAGGAUUGCAUCGCUUUCAUGCUCCCAGACCACUCAGGCUGAAAAUAUAGGUUUCACGAGGUGGAAACAUAUUAAAUCUACAGUAUGUCAGCCAUUGCCAUUACAACCUCUACAUGCUGAGAGAGGAAGUUAUGGUUAUUGAAAGUUUGUAGAGGAGCUUGUGUAGGCUAUAAAAUUGCACCACUACUUGUCACAUUUGUGAUGUGGAUCCCAUUGGAGAGGACAGUUGGAUGCAGAUGUUUACUUGUAGCAUAAAAACAGGGAGGCCAUAAUGUAAAGGAAACAAAGCAUUUAAGUAAACACAAGGCCUUGUCAAUACCAUGUUUGGUAUUUCUGCAUUAUAAUUACAAUGAUAGGACUGGGUAGAGAAAGGGAUUGCUCUGUAAAAGGCAAUUCUCCCUGACAAUGUCAGCGUUUUGUGAACAGCUACAUGUACACCCUUGUGAAUUUGCUGUGAAAUGACUUUAGGAAAGAAGCUAAAUUCUAACCUUGUCUUGCAUUGUUAAUCUGGAUAAAAACAUCAUUUAAAGACCUGUACAUGGAGGCUUUUACCUGAAUGGAUUUACUACUCUACACUACAGUGUACAGGGGCGGAUUUACCAAGGUGCCAUGAGGUGGCAGCUGCCCCUCCAUAAAACAAAUGUCUCCUGUUUCCUCCAUGUCUCUGCACCUCAACGACUGGAUUUGGACAGUCUAAUUCAAAGAUAUAUGUUGAAAUGUUGUGGCUUGUUGGAAAUUUACAAGAGCAAAACUCUGAUCCCCAAAGGCAAGAGAAUUCAGCAAAGGUGAUGAUCCCAGGGCCCCUGCAAAGGCCUGUGAUGUCACUGUCCCUGCCACAAACAAUGUCUGCUGUGUGUGUAGGGUGGCCAACGUCCAUGUCACAAAUGCAGCUUACUGGGGACAAGAAAAGGAGGCUCCACUGAAUUCUGAGUGAGAGGCAAUGGAGGGCUAAAUCACAUGCUCUGUCAAGAGCAAUCACAACCCAAACCAGAGUAAUCAUUCCCUAGUGCUCAAGAUGCCUGAGAAUCCUUUCUGGGAGCUCAGAGCAAAUUUUUUCCAGUAAUUUGCCUAUCUCAGUCAAAGGAAGCACGUUGAUAAAAGUAAGAAACAAUUAAUGUUUUUCCAGUGAAGCCUUGAAAAAAGAUAAGACCCAGCCACGGCCCACUGGAGGGACUCAGAGAAGCUUUUAGGGGGUGUCGAUUUGGAGGAGAAGAUCACUGCAGUGACAGAGGCGAUGGGUAACAAGAACGCCAUGCUGUUAAAAGGUCCCAACACUGGAACUACACAUAAAGAGGAAGGGGUGUGCAUCGACGGUGCCACAGGAAGCGUCUCUGGAGAUGGAUUACUUGGCCCCAGCCCAGAGCUGCUGGCCUCCCUGCAGUCCCUCAGAGAAAACAGUGACUACACAUUGCUGCCACACUCGCUGCACCAGAUCGCAGAAGCCUACUCACUCAAAGAGGACUACCAGUGGGCCAUCCAGUUCCUUCAGCUAGAGAAGCUCUACCAUGAACGUCUGCUGUCCAACCUCACCACCCUGCAGGAGAAUUGGGAGAGCCAGUGGAGAGAGAAGAAGAAUGCUCAGAACAGUUUGCCUGGUGAGACAGACGGUAUCAGUCAGAAACACAUGGAGACUCUGAGGCACAUCUGCAGGACACACCUCAGACCAUCAAACAGUAUGGAACAGAGCACACUGAAUACAGUGCUGGAAGACAUUCAGAGCAAGAACGAGACACUACAGUCCUGUCAUGAUAAAGUGAACACGCCUGAAACAACACAUCUGGAUGAAGAACAAGAGCAAAUCAUGAAGAGCUCAGAAGCAGAGUUUCCUUUUCCAAAGACAGGCCGUCAGGCCGAAGGCGAGGAUGAGGAAAGAGGAGAAGAAGAGACAUAUGAGGAAGGACAGGAGGUAGAAGAGGAGGAGGACCAGUGUGAGGAGACACCAGAGGAGGAGGAGGUGAAGGUGGAGUGGCCAACAGGAGUCCCUCAGGCGUCAGACAAGGACCUGGCCAAGCUGUCCAGCACAGAGGGGAGUUCCUCUCCAGAUGGUCUGGUCUCCAUUCUGAAGAGGAGGAGAGCCUCUCUGGAUGGUUUGCCUCCUCCAAGCAGCAACCCUACUAAGAACUCCAAACGCAAAGUUCGCUUCAGCGAACCAGAAGAUGGCAUUGAACAAGAUGAGGUGGGUGGAGAUUCCUGCCUGAUCCUGUUACUGCUAUGUUUGGUUACCGUGGUGAUCAGCAUAGGCGGGACCGCCCUCUACUGCACCCUGGUGGACACGUACUCCAACAUUUGCACCGACUUCACUCACAACAUCGACUUCUACAUCACAAACGUACGGAGGGUCUUCGAAGGCCUUGGACACUGGCUGCCUCUCCGGACUUAGACUCUUUCAUCUGCAUUCCAGAUGUUUGUCCCACAUUGGACAGUGUAAAUCACAGAGUCAGGAUGAGAGAGUUCCUGAGCACGACUCGAAUCUGCAGAUUGGAGCCAAAGCAACUAGAGCUUAAGUCCUUUGGCUCAUUAAGACUUUGAAUUAAAAAUAUGAGCUAUUAGUCCAACAUUUAUGUUUAAUUAACGGGUGCUCAAACCAAGACCAAACAGUGAAGACUGCAUGUUGUAGGACCAGAGUUUAAAAACUCUUGCUAACUACUGUUUGUGUGGAUUAUUCAUCUAAAGCUGAACUUUAUACAUAUAUCACACACGACAGCUCACGACUCUCAUGAUUAUUGUUUAAAUGGAAGCAGUAGUUCAUGUUUUUCUCACAGCUGUAGCAGUCAUACCUGUCAGUCAUUUAUCUUUUUUCCCCAGAAGCUUUCUUGUCCUGGUGGUUUUAUUUUUGACUGAUCCAGAGAGAAGCUAUCAUUAGGAUUGUACGUGUGUGUGUUGUUCUUUUGCAUAAUUAAUGGACAAAAUGAUAUUUUGUCCCUUUUACAUUCGUGUUACCAUUAUAUUUUGCUCUGUUGACCUCCGUUAAAUUGAUAUACUGAACUUGCUGUACAGGGUCGACAAAUUAUAUUAUUUCCAAAAAGCCUGAUUCCACAUUCAGGUGAGAUUUUACAGCCUUUACUACAUGAUCCCUGUGUGUAUAUCAAUCCAGGUGGUUACUCUUAACAUUCCUCUUAUCAUCAAUUCAAAGAGAAACAUUGUACAUUUUGUGAUAUACAAGUAAUUGUAUGAAGUGCCCUGUAAAAAACAAAACACAGCACCAUAAAACCGUCUGCAUGAAUGAUGCCGCAUCUGUACAUUCAGAGAGAGUGUGGCUCUUGAUGAAAAAGUCAAGCCUGUCACAUCAUGAUAAUACAUUUCAGUGUAGUCAUCAUGGUUAUUUUCAGUAUGCAAUACAGUAAUUUAACAGAUGCUCCACAAACUCAGGCACUUACCGUGUGUUUAAACUUUUGGUGCUUAAUGUUUUCAUGUUCACUGUUAAGUUUAUAACCCUGAAAUUCUUAGUCUGCAUCUGGAUUUCCGAUCUCAUCUGGUGUCCUCCUGCAGUGUGCAACAGCUACUUCAUGACAGUAUAAAGUGUGAGAAGACACAUUUGGUUUGUGUGUGACACCAGGUCACAUUCAAAAACAGACUAUACAGGUGGUUUAAAAGCAAAAACUGAAGUAGAUUAUUACUGCGAACAACACUCAUUCCUUUCUUGGAUGCUCUCAUGUUUAUUUACACCUAAUUCUAAAUGAUCCAUCUGGUGAUAUCCACUGUCCUCUGUCUUAUUUAUCUGCAUUAGGAGUCUAAUAUCCAGUGGAUUAUACUGUCUUUUUAGCAUUUUGUCCAAUUGUAGAGCGUUAUUGCCCAACAGUUGUGUUUCCUGUCAGGUACAAGUAACACAAAAGAAAACAUGUCUGUUUAUUGAAACAGAAAAAAUGAAACUUAAUCAGCAUGUUCCUUUUUCCCCACUGCCUUGUGCUGAUGUUUUUACAGAUUUUAACAGAUUUGUAACCUGCCUCCUGAGCUCUCACUGUUUGUAAAGUGAUGAAUGUUACUCCUGUAUGCAGUCCACCUUUAUAUGUUUAAAUAUUUAUGUUCAUUUGUGUCCACAGGGGAAUACAAAAACAUAUUGAUGAAGGA